AUGAAGAUCCUGUACGCUCAAGUUUUCAUUUGGGCAGCAGUGGUGGCUGUAUCAGCACGACCCCAGGGCUACAGCCUACCAACACCUUCAGGGCCGUCCUUUGGGCCGUCCUUUGGCCCGUCCGUUGGCCCAUCCGUUGGUCCGUCCGUUGGUCCGUCCGUUGGUCCGUCCGUUGGUCCGUCAUCAGAUGGAUGCAGUCCUGGCCAAGUGCGACAUGUCGACGGUAGAUGCGUGACUCCGCGAGAAAACAGAAAAGUGUUCUUGUACGAAGUUCCUUCGAACGUGGUGUUCAACGGCGCUCCAGUCAACAUCCCCGAGCCAACAGUGGAGACCAACAUCGUGCUCAUCCGAACGCCCGAGGGAUUACUGGGACCCGAACCUGUUGUUGUGCCUCCUCCGAGACAGCAGCACGUGGUGUACGUGCUCAACAAGCAGUCUGAACACGACCAGAGGGUGAUCGAGGUCACAGCGCCACCACCAUCCGAGCCUGAAGUUUACUUCGUCAACUACGCUGAAGGCGAGAAUCCAACUCUUCCUAGCGGGGUGGAUCUACAGAGCGCUCUGGGCGCAGCUGUCAAAACCACCCACAUAUUCUACUGUUUAUUGUAA